AUGAUCCGAGCAAUUGAUAAGGCCGCCAUUCACCGCAUAUGCUCGGGACAGGUUGUGCUGGACGUGGCAGGCGCGGUGAAGGAGCUGGUGGAGAACAGCUUGGACGCGGGGGCGACGAGCGUGGAGGUGCGCCUCAAGGACUUCGGCGCAGAGCUCAUCGAGGUGGCCGACAACGGCUGUGGGGUCGCGCCCCCCAACUGGCAGGCACUGACCCUCAAGUACCACACGUCCAAGAUCGCACACUUCUCCGACCUCCAAUCGCUCUCCUCCUUCGGCUUCCGAGGGGAAGCCCUCUCCUCCCUCUGCGCCCUUGCUGACGUCACCAUCACCACACGCACCGCGAACGAGCCAAUCGCGACGCGCCUGGUGUUCGACCAUGGGGGAAAGCUCCUGCCCGGGCCUCGGGAACAGGUCGCCCGGGCAGUCGGAACGACGGUCAGCGUGGCGAAGAUUUUCUCGCCGCUGCCCGUGCGGCGGCGGGAGUUUGAGCGGAACGUGCGGCGCGAGUUUGCGAAGCUGGUGAGCGUCUUGCAGGCGUACUGCGUGGUGUCCACACACGCGCGCAUCCUCUGCACCAAUCAGAGCGGGCGCAGCAGCGCGCGCACCACUGUGGUGCAGACAGCUGGCACGGGGUCGAUGCGCGAGAACAUCAUCGCUGUGUUUGGCGCCAAGGCUGCUGCGGGCCUCGACCCCGUCGACAUCUCCUUCCCCCUCUCCCCUGCUUCCGCCGCUGCUGCCCCUCCUGCUCCUGCUACUCCUUCUCCCGCUGCUACUGGCACAGCUGCCACUACCCCUGCGCAGCUACCACCCUCCUGCUGCACAGUAACCGGGUUUCUAUCAAGGCCAGGAGCGGGCAGUGGCAGGCCGGCGGGAGAUCGGCAGUUCUUCUUCCUCAACGGCCGCCUGGUGGACCUGCCGCGCCUCUCCAAGCUGCUCAACGAGCUCUACCGCUCCUUCAACUCCCUGCAGUUCCCCGCCGCUUUCCUAAACGUUUCGCUUAGCGCGGACGCUUAUGACGUGAACGUGACCCCGGAUAAGCGCAAGGUGUUUUUGCACUCGGAGGCGGCGCUGCUGUCGGGGCUGAGGGCGGCGUUGUCGGAAUUUUAUUCUCCGGAUAGGGGAGGUUGUGCAAUAGGAGAUGCUGAUGAUGAUGGGAGGGGGGGCGGGGGAGAUGAGUUGAAUGGGGAGAUGGAUGGGGAUGGGCAGAUGGAGGAGGCAGAAGGGGAGGGGGACAGAGGGCAACCUCCACAUCAGUUUGAUCGCGGAAAGGGAAGAGGGAAGGCAACGCGAGGGGGAGCAGUGGAGGAAGCAGCACAUGAGGAAGCAGCACAUGAGGAAGCAGCACAUGAGGAAGCAGCACAUGAGGAAGCAGCACAUGAGGAAGCAGCACAUGAGGAAGCAGCACAUGAGGAAGCAGCACAUGAGGAAGCAGCACAUGAGGAAGCAGCACAUGAGGAAGCAGCACAUGAGGAAGCAGCACAUGAGGAAGCAGCACAUGAGGAAGCAGCACAUGAGGAAGCAGCACAUGAGGAAGCAGCACAUGAGGAAGCAGCACAUGAGGAAGCAGCACAUGAGGAAGCAGCACAUGAGGAAGCAGCACAUGAGGAAGCAGCACAUGAGGAAGCAGCACAUGAGGAAGCAGCACAUGAGGAAGCAGCACAUGAGGAAGCAGCACAUGAGGAAGCAGCACAUGAGGAAGCAGCACAUGAGGAAGCAGCACAUGAGGAAGCAGCACAUGAGGAAGCAGCACAUGAGGAAGCAGCACAUGAGGAAGCAGCACAUGAGGCGGCAGUCGGGGGGUUGGCAAGGGGAACAGGGGAAGCAGCUGGAGGGCGAGGAGAAGCCCGCAAGGCAGCAGCAGGGUCAGGAGGAAAAGGAGGCACAGCAGGUGGUGCAGCAGGGGCAGCAGGAGGGGGUGCUGGCACGCUGCAGUGGAGCGAGAGCAAGGCAGCCGCCAUGCGCCGACUGCUGCUCAUGAGCCCCCAGGACAAAGGCAAGGCCAAGGGCAAGGCCUUGGGUCUGGGUAUGGGUGUGGGUGGGGGUGGGGGUGUGCACGUGGGUAUGAGCGAGGACAGAGGCAAGGAUGUGACGUUCGGUGGUGGCACAGCGGACAGGAGGUCGCUGUCUCGGGGGGCAGUGAGUGGUGGGGAGCAGGCACGUGCUUGGCAGGGGUAUGAGACGCGACACAUGACAGGUGCUGAGCGGGAGAGAGACCGGCAGAGGGCGCAGCAAGAGGAGGAAGAGGAAGCAGAAGCGGAAGAGGAAGAGCAAGUGGAAGCGGAAGAGCCAGAGAAAGAAGAGGAGGAAGAGGAGGAAGAGGAGGAAGUGGAGGAAGAGGAGGAAGAGGAGAGGGAGAGUAAGGGAGGCAAUGUGGGCAGAAGGAAUGGCAGCAGCAGGGCAGUGAGGGGAGGAGGACAGCGUUCCAUGGGGGGGGUUGCUACUCAGGCGCAGGGGAUGGGCAGGGAGAGGAUCGGGAGGGGAAGGUUGCGGGGAGAGAGCAGUGAAGGGGUGGAAAGGGCGCAGGGAGGUGCGGAUGGGAGACAGGUGGGUCUUGAUGCUUGGCUGGGAAAGGGGGUUGGGGGGGGACGAGGGGGAAGGGGAAGCGAGGGAGGCAAGAUGGGCGAAGUGGAUGGGGGGAGUGUGAGGGGGAGAGCUGGGGAUGGUUGGGCGGGGCAGGGUGGCAUGGAGCUGGUAGGGAAAUUAGUGGAGAGAGAGGAGGAUGAGGAUAGUGAGGAGGUAAGGGAAGUGGGGCAGGUAGAAGGGGAAGGAGGGGGAAUGCCAGCAGAAAAAGGCGAGAAUCACGAUGCAGGAACGAAUGAUGCUGCUCAAUGUGGUGGGGUUCAUGCUGGCUUACAGGAGGCAACCCGGGAUGAGUGGGCAGGAAAAAAUGUUCUGGAUCUGCCCCUAAUGACGCAAGAGAUGACUCAGGCUGACCUGCCCGAACUUGUGGGCUCACAACUGCUGCCCGGCACCCAGUUGGCCGGGCAGCAGGAAAGUUCUGCGGUAGCAGAUGGGGCAGGGAAGGGGAGGUGUUGCGGCGGGGAUGCAGGGGAGUUGGAAGGAGAGGAGGGAGGAGAGGGAGGCGAGGGAGGGGAUAGAAUGGGAGGAAUAGAAGCGGGAUGGGGGGCUGCAUUGGGCACGACGCGAGUGGCACGGUCAGGGGAAGGGUGGGCGGUGAAGGGCGCAGAGGGCAGCGUGCAGGUGCCGUUUGACAUGCGGCGCGUGCAGCAGGUGUGGCGCAGACGAGCUGAGAUACAGGAGAGAGAGGCGAGGGAGGAGAGUGCAGGGAGAGAGGGGAGAAGGGGAGUGGCAGGGAGAGGGAAGGGCGAGGGGCGGAGGAGCUUUGCAGCAGCGUCGGUGGCAGAUGGUGUGAGUAACCCUGCCCACAGCAGUGGUGGAAGGAAGAUUCAGCAUGAGGGGGAGGCCAAGGAGGCGGCAUUGGAGGCGGCAGCGAGGGAGUUAGAGAGACGGUUUGACAAGCGCGACUUUGCUAGCAUGGCUGUGAUUGGCCAGUUCAACCUUGGGUUCAUCAUUGGACGGCUGGGAUCUGAUCUCUUCAUCGUGGACCAGCAUGCGUCGGACGAGAAGUUCAACUUUGAGCGCCUCAUGCGAUGCACCGUGCUCAACAAGCAGCCGCUGCUCGUGCCUCAACGGCUGGAUCUGUCACCAGCAGAAGAAGUGAUUGUGUCAGCACACAUGCCCACAUUCAGAUCCAACGGCUUCCAUUUCUCCGUGGAUGAGAGUGCUCCAUCUGGCCGUCGGUUCCGCCUCUCUGCCGUUCCUUUCUCGAAGAACAUCGUAUUUGGUGCUUCGGAUGUGUGCGAGCUCAUUUCAAUGCUAGCAGAUGCGCCCCUGCCUGACCCAGAAUCUGCUGCUGGCGCUGCCUCUGUCCCUGAUGCUAUCUGCUGGCAUGCAACCACUGCCACAAAACAUGCAAAGGGUGCUGCAUCUGGUGCCGGAAACCACCAAGAAGCUUCGCUGCAUGACAACUCAGCAAGCUCACCACAGCCAAGGCGCAGUGAGAUUAACAACGCGAGCAGCACGGCUGGGGGUGUUUCUCCACGGGACGGGAGGUCUGGAGCUGCAGCGGUACCAGCGACAUCACCAUCGGCAUCGCCAUCAACGGUUGUGGCGGUGCGGCCAUCACAGGUGCGGUCCAUGCUGGCUUCAAGGGCGUGCAGGAGCUCCGUGAUGAUUGGCACGGCGCUCAGCCAGGCACAGAUGAGCAAGGUAUGA